AUGGUGAUCAAGGCCAAGAAUCACCCCGCCACGGCACAAGCAAACGAAGAACCGUGUGAUCUCAGCGAUCAAUCAAGCACCAACACCAGCCCCAUCAUCUACACGCCCCCAGACUCCGGCACCGAAACCAACGCCAUGACAUCCUCAGCAAACAACAAGGGCGCCUCACCUUCUCUCCAAGCUCCCGCACAGCCAGACGAUGGCGGUGGUUCCUUCACCAUCACUACAACUCACGGUCCCAAGCCCGUCCUUCAGGACCCCAGUGCCGCCAAUAUUAGCAAGCGCGAGUACAUCUACUUCCUCCCUUACCCUCUGCCGCCAAACACCGAGAUCCCUUACUCCAUCCACCUCCCACAGAAGAACCCGCUGAACCUACCGUCUCACCAGUUCGAGCCUACAUCUACUUUGGUACUGACAAGCCCCAACCACACCUUCGUCGACAUUCGCAUCUACAAGUCGUUCUCGAAGGACGCCGUCAAUUCCAACAGCGCUGAUCCUGCGCCCAUCAAGGAGAGUACCAACGUAGGCAACUCCGCACACCUAGACUGGGCCUUCACCGGCACUUCCACCAGCGUACCCAUCACGCCUCCCCCCACCGGCCCACAGCACGGGAAAUCUGCCAAGAAGCUCAAGGAAGAAACUUGGGUCAACGUCACACACUCUACUUGGACUCACUGGCUGGACUCACGCUUCCCGGUCGGUCACAAGAACAUCCCGGUAGACGAAGGCGAUAUGUAUCCCAUCGCUCCCGGAUUGACGCUGGAGCAUGGACACGGAUACCAUCCCGCGCUUGGUGCGGUCAAGACUCACGAGGAGAUGUGGAGGGACGUCGACGCCGUAUCUACGAAUGAGAAGGGAAGUAUGGUAUGUGUGGUUAUGCGGUGCCAAGCUGAUCACGCGGGGGUUAGGGGCGUGGUCGUGAGGUUGGGACAGUACUGCCAGGGUAUUCUCAUGUGGGGUGAUAAGGUUACUGUCGAGCGGUGGGAGUGGGAAAAUGGCGAGGGAAAGACUGCGAAAGGGAAGGUUGGUGGGAACGGCGGAAAGUCAGAGGUGGAGAAGUGGAACAGGACUGUCAGGGUUGGUGAUGGUUUCUUGCCUUGUGGCGUUACCUUCAGGCCUGAGAUCUUGAGUGUGGGUGCGGUUGUCAAGUUCCAGGACUUUGAGUGGAUGGUGGAGGAGUGUUGGGAGUGGAAGUAG